AUGAACAUUCACAAUAAUACUCCACUAAUAUUGCCCGGCAUGGUAGCAGGAAGACGUACAGAAUUACUCAUCGAUUUGGGAGCAUCACUCACUCUAAUUAAUCUUGAAUUUUUUCUCCAGUUACCACGAUAUUAUCGUCAAAAAGCAGAACUCCCUCCCCCGAAUUUAUGUCUUCAAUUAGCGGAUAUAUCACAAUUAUAUGUCAAAUAUACCUUAUCACUUCCAAUUACUAUUUCAAACUCAACACGUGUACAUAGAAUCUACGUGGUUCCAAAAUUAUGGCGCUCAUGUAUUAUUGGUAAUGAUCUUAUUCGUAAACAUAAUCUUCAAAUAGAUGGUGGACGUCAAUAUGCAUAUUUCAAGUACGUGUUGAUUGCCAAUGAACGUAUUAAAAUUUCACCUCUUCAUGCAUUCAACAUUGAAGUUAAACCCAUCAAACCGUUCUCAAUUACAGACGAUGAUGAAGAAAAUGAAUACGAAGUAACAUCAAUAAAAGAAACUCCAUGUGUAGCGAAUGGCAUUAUUACACCACGUUAA